UAUGUAGACUUCUUUUAUUACAUGUAGACUUGCAAAGGAUAGAAACGUAAAAUACAUUUCUAUUUUUUGUUUGGUCAUAAGGGUUAAAUAGUACUUUCAUUACUCCUUUAGGUUGGUUUUGCAUUUGACUGAAAGUGGGGUAUACUUUUACAUUUGACUUGAAUAUUUGGGUUAGUUUUAGCAAAUGUCCCAUAUUUUAUUCAUUUUGUUGGGGUCUAUUUUUAGUUUAUCAUUCUUAUUUUCGGUGUUAUGGAAAAUACUUAGGUUUAUUAAUUCCUAUAUAAAAUGUAAUCUAUCUCUAGAAUGUUUAGAUAUAUGCAUAAUUAGGCUGCCCCUGAGUGGAGGAUAUUUCGUUCAUGUAAAGCGAAAUGAUUAACCUGCCUCGCAAAAUUAGGCUGCCUGGUGCCUUAUAAACCGAAUUCAGUAUAUACAUUUUUUUCUGAAAAUUCAGUAUAUACAUUUCCCAUAUGGCUAUACAAUUGCCAAAUAAUUUUGUACAACAUUACGUUAUACACGUGACAAAAAAAAAUCAAUCAACUUUCCAAAAACAUUCGUUUCAAAUGGUGUUUAGUCGAUUUUAGUUGUCAUUAAUCAGUAAGAAUUUUUAUUUAUUUAUUUAUCUAUAUAUCAAGUCAAAUUAUGCUUCUUUCUAUUUAAUACUAGUCCAUAUGAAAAAUAGUGGACUAAGAAACGGUAACAAAUAAACGUUUCAAUCUAAUACAUUAAUAUGGAAAGUGCACUGCAUUGCCAUAAAUAUUUCAACAUUUAAAGAACAUUCUAAGGAUUUGUUUACGUUCUUAGACCCCGUACAUAAUCUCUCCCUAUAAAUGAUCGUUACAUUCUCUCUUUCUCAUAUAUUUUUAUUUUACUAAAUCAAUAGAAAAUGGCAAAACCUGCAGGCUCCUAUUGUCUCCUCUCAUGUCUCUUUGUCUUGUUUGUGAGUUGCACCUCAGCAGCCAAAAAUGAUCAAGAUAAACAGGUGUAUAUAGUAUACAUGGGAGCACUUCCUGCUCGUGUUGACUACAUGCCAAUGUCCCAUCACACUAGUAUUCUUCAAGAAGCCACCGGAGAGAGUUCAAUCGAAAGUCGAUUGGUUAGGAAUUAUAAAAGAAGUUUCAACGGAUUUGCGGCCUGGCUAACCGAAUCCGAAAGACAGAUACUAGCAAAUACGGAAGACGUUGUAUCCGUGUUCCCUAGCAAAACACUGAAACUUCAAACGACGGCGUCGUGGGAUUUCGUGGGUCUCAAGAAAGGCAAAAGGGCAAAGCGAAACCCUAGCAUCGAGAGCGAUACGAUCAUUGGUGUCAUGGACAGUGGAAUCAACCCUUUAUCCGACAGCUUCAGUGACAAAGGCUUUGGCCCUCCUCCUAAGAAAUGGAAAGGAGUUUGCCAAGGGAGCAAACACUUUUCUUGCAACAACAAGGUUAUUGGUGCUAGGAACUACACACCCAGAAUAAAGGGGGUUCCUCACUCAGCGAUAGACAACAUGGGACAUGGAUCACACACAGCUUCUACGGCAGCUGGAAACGCUGUUAAGGAUGUGAGCUUUUACGGACUAGCCAAUGGAACCGCGAGAGGUGGCGUUCCAGCGGCAAGAAUAGCGGUUUACAAAGUAUGUGAUCCUUGUAUCAAAGGGUGCACUACUGACGGAAUUCUAUCCGCAUUUGAUGAUGCGAUUGGGGACAACGUGGACCUCAUCACCAUCUCCAUCGGUGACGAUAAGGGUUUGCCAUUCCAUGAGGAUACUAUCGCAAUUGGGGCUUUCCAUGCCAUGGCCAAGGGAAUCCUUACAGUGAAUGCCGCUGGAAACAGUGGUCCAGAACUUAGUACGGUCACAAGCGUUGCACCGUGGAUAUUCACCGUCGGUGCUAGUAACACGAACCGCGCUUUCGUCACUAAAGCUGUUCUUGGAGACGGCAAGACAGUUGGAAGAUCCGUAAACUCGUUUGAUCUUAAGGGAACUAAGUACCCUGUAGUGUACGGUAAAACAGCUUCAAGUAACUGCGAUGCUGCUUCCGCUGCGUUCUGCUCACCAGGAUGUCUAGACAGGAAACUUGUCAGCGGGAAGAUUGUGCUGUGCGAUUCCGUUCAAAACGUGGAAGAAGCUAAAUAUAUGGGAGCCGUAGCAUCCAUUGCUAGGAGCAGAAGAACAGACACUGCCUUGGUCUUCUCUUUCCCAGUCACUGCUCUAUCCGGACCCGCCUAUGACGUUGUCCUCUCGUAUAUUAAUUCCACAAAAAACCCCAUAGCUGCUGUUUUGAAAAGUGAGACAAUCUUCAACCAGAAAGCUCCUGUCAUUGCUUCAUAUUCUUCUCGAGGCCCUAACCCAAUCAUUCCAGAUAUUUUGAAGCCGGAUAUAACAGCGCCGGGAACGGAGAUCAUCGCUGCUUAUUCUCCUUCUGUUCCACCAAGUAUUGCAGAUACAAGACAUCUGAAGUACUCUAUUCUUAGUGGAACUUCAAUGUCUUGUCCACACGUUGCUGGUGUUGCCGCCUACAUCAAAACAUUUCACCCUCGCUGGUCUCCGUCCAUGAUCCAAUCCGCCAUCAUGACUACCGCUUGGCCAGUGAAUGCAUCUACUUUGAUGCCUGAGUUUGCAUCCGGAGCAGGCCAUGUCAAUCCGUUAGCCGCAGUUCAUCCUGGACUGGUCUAUGAAGCUAGUAAGUCAGACUACAUCGCUUUUCUCUGCGGCUUGAACUACACUGGAAAGAACUUAAGGCUUAUCUCCGGUGAAAGCCGCACUUGCACUAAAGCACAGUCUAAAUCUUUACCUCGAAACCUAAAUUAUCCUUCCAUGACUGCUCAAGUCCCGGCGACAAAACCAUUCAAAGUGACCUUCCGUCGGACAGUCACUAACGUUGGAACGUCUAACACUACCUACAAAGCGAAAGUAGUGGGAUCUAAGCUCAACGUCGAGGUCAUUCCCGACGAAUUUUCUUUAAAGUCGAAGCACGAGAAGAAGUCUUUCACGGUGACCGUUUCAGGCAAAGGUCUCGGAGGUGGAGAACUUGUUGCGUCUUCACAACUGAUCUGGUCUGAUGGAUUCCACUUUGUGAGAAGCCCCAUCGUUGUUUACGCCGCAAACUGGUGAGUCAGACUCAGUUUUAUGUCUUCAUAUGUAAUCGUCGAUUAUGAAACAUUCUUUACUGCUCAUGCUAUGUUGAUUGUUUAUGAUGUUUCAGUUUUUUCUACCUACUCUACUUCUUAACAUUGGAAUAAAAUUAACUGUUAGCCUUUUCUUUGCAUUAAUUUUUCUUGCUACAUAUCAAAACGGUCAUAAGAAAGAUAAAUAUGCCUUUAAAAUAUAUAUAUAUAUAUAUAUCUCAUCCCAUAAAAACGGGAAUUUUUAAAUCCGGUUACAAGUAGGUUUUGAACAAAAUUUUCAAAGUCAAACUAAUACAAAGCUAGCUUCGCCCGCCCACUAAACCUGACACAUUCCGCUAGUUCGUUUUCAAAAUUCUUUAAAAUCGGUCGAAAGUGAAGUUCUCUUUUUUGCCUCGGAUGCCGAGGCUUCUCGUGUCGUCUCCGGAGUAGCUGGCUCCCGAUGAACUCCACCAUACUUAUAACCAUAUAUAUCCAUGAAGCGCCAGACGACUAAUAUGGAAGAGUUUCAGAUACUUGAAAUGGUGACAUGAAAAUGAUGCUAGAAAGGCAAGUGGAGCACUGAAACAGAGCUUGAAACAUCCAUAGACGACUAUGUAGGACUCCGGCCAGCACGCCUACACGAACCGGAACGGUCAGGUACCAUCAACUUCGCCUGCAUACCCGACCUCGACUCGCCUUCGAAGUAAACCACCACCGAAGCUGACUUCGAGUCCGCCAAAGAGGAGGAGAACCCCGGCGACCCGUAAGGGUUCCCGAUUCCAAUCGAUGAAGUCACACGCCUCACCGGACAUAGCUACAGAAGCUCCACAACACGAGUAGAGACUUCGCAGCACCACCAGAGAGCGUACCAGCACAUCACCACGAGCAAGGAGAUCGUGAGAGAGGAUCUAAAAGGAAAACACAAUCCUCUCUCAGCCGUAAAAAGCCGACUCCGCCUAUCAGAGUCCCUACAUGCCACUGUGUUACAGCUCCAAACAAUUCAAGUCUUCACCAUCAUCGACAGCCCUCGUGCACGGUUGCUUAAUGACAGAGACGCGAUUGACCAGAGGCCAGAACAAGGCGAAAGCAUAGGGUAAAUGACCGGGAAGCAAAGAUGAAAACAAAGGAGAGAAGGAGGAGGCCUCGGGCGGCUGGACGCGCCGAUCAGCGCCGGAGCUACUGAGGACCUUUCGUUUGUCGACUAGAGAGAGAAACUGAACUUUUUGGAUCUUAAUAAACAUUAAAUAUGUUUUGAUGUAAGAAACUAUCAAUGCAUGAUGAUCCAUUCUUAUAAUGCAUGAUGAUCAGGUUGGUCUUAUUUGACGCACAAGUUAUCCUUAUGAGCUUGACGUUGAAUUUCGCAUAUGUUUAUCCUUUCUUUCUCCAUUCUGAACUGGAAGUUUUGUAUUUGAAAAUGCAUCUUCGUCCAAUAAUUUCUGUCAAUGGUUUUAAACUAAUAAUUUCAGUUAGAAUAGGUAAAACGACAAUCAAUUUCUUUAACAAAAAAAAAAAGGGGGAUAAAAUAGAUUGUAAAAACUUAAAAAAUAGUUAUCCUAGAGAAUUUCUCUAUUAAAAUUUAGACUACCUAAUUAAGGAAAGGAGCAUAUAGUAAAAUACUCCCGGACAGUUGCUCUAACAACCAUGUUUCCAUGUGCUUUUUCAUAUUUGCAAAUUUUUAAGUUAUUGUGUAAUUUUCUCGCAAAUUGCUCUUUUAAAAAAUCCAACCAGCAUAAAAUAUUUAAUUUAAAAUUAGUAAACAUAUUAAUCAAAACAAAUAUAUAUAUGUUGGCCCAUAAAUUAUUUUUAAUGGCCCAUAACAUUUUUUGUACAACCUAUGGAGCAAUUAAAUUAACCAAACAGUACUAAAAAACGUCGACGUUUUGCCAGUUUCUCUACCGUUGUAUGUUUAUGGUGGUAUGCGAUACCACAAAGUUGCACAAUUUCACCACAACCAGAGAGAGAUGGCUGCAAUUCGCGUCUUGUCGCGAAAACUCCCAACUUUCGCUUCGAUUUUCUUCCAAACCCUAACUAGAAAUCCUUCAAUACAUCGGAUCUCCUUCUUAAAUCUAAAACCCUACACUCCGCCGAAACCCUCCACGGUGUUCGUCGCCCAGUUCCACGACGGGAGGCCAAGGGGUCCUCUCUGGAGAGG